CUCCGCGCGCUUACCUGACCUCCCGCGCACCCUCCCCCCGCGCCCAUUCUCCUCGUGUGGUCUCGCGGAGUCGCGUUUACGUCCGGGAGCGGCGCCGUGUGGUGGAGGAAGGUGUCCCGGGACCGUCGGGAGCAGGCUCAGCAGAGGAGGAGUGUCCAUAAGGAGAGUUUCACCUUCUUGAAGAUUAAAGCCUAGCAGUUCUGAGCUAUUCCCAGUCCAAAUGUCUGCAAAAUUGAGAGAGACAUCAAAACUCCUUACACAAACUUCAGGAGACCCUGACUGCAUUCUGGUAAUGAAGGUGGAAGAGGGAGGGCAGGCCUGUAAUAUGGUCUCCAGCCGCCACUGGAGCAGCUACUACAGCUCAGAGACCUACCGCCAGCGGUUCAGGCAGUUUGACUACCAGGAGUCACCUGGGCCCCGGGAGGCUCUGAGCCGGCUCCGCGAGCUUUGCUGUCAGUGGCUGAGGCCAGAGGUGCACAGCAAGGAGCAGAUCCUGGAGCUGCUGGUGCUGGAGCAGUUCCUGGCCAUGUUGCCUGAGGAGCUGCAGGCUUGGUUUCAAGAGAACCGACCAGAGAGUGGAGAGGAAGCCGUGGUGAUGCUGGAGGAGCUGGAGAAAGAGCAUGACAGGGCGGCUGAACAGGUCUUUCUUGGACGAAAUGAGGACAUGCUUGCAAAGAAGCUACCAACUUGUGAAAUCACUCAGGAGACACCACGUAGCCAGCUUAAGCCCACAAAAAAGCAACUGCAGUGGGCAUCGAAGGAGCUUCACACCUUAAGACAAAAUGAUAGAGACACCGGAACUAUAAAUGUGAAAUCAGCUUCAAGGCGAAAGACUUCUUCAGGCAAAGAACUGCAUUACAAAGUUUCUAACACUCUUCAGAUGAAUGCUUCCCAGAGUUUCACAUUUAGAGGAACCUGUGAACAAGAUAGAAAGUUUGAAAGAAGACAGGGAAACCGUCCUCGAAAAAAACAACACAAGUGUGAUGAAUGUGGGAAAGUCUUUAGUCAGAGCUCAGCCCUUAAUCUACAUCAGAGGAUCCACAGUGGAGAGAAACCUUAUACAUGUGACGUGUGUGCAAAGUCUUUCAGCCGAAGUGCAAUCCUGAUUCAACAUCGAAGAAUCCACACUGGGGAGAAACCCUUCAAAUGUCAUGAAUGUGGGAAAGCCUUUAGUCAGAGCUCGAAUCUUUUCAGACAUAGGAAAAAACAUGCUGGAGAAAAAGUCCCAUCAGUGCUGUGAGGGAGUCAAAGCAUUUACUGAGAACUUUUUCAACAGGGGAGCAGACACAAAGCACCAAUACUCCUUUAGUAUAAAUCGGUAGUUUCAGUGGGCACCAAUUUCCUUUCAAAGGUUGUAAAAGCCACAGGAGAGAAUGUAGAAUAUUUUCUGUCAGCAUUGUUUGCUUUUCUGCUUUUCAGUACAGUGUCAGUUCAGAUGAUUGAGAUUCUAAAGCUUAAAUCGGAUUUCCAUCCCUAGUGCAACUCUUGAAAAGAUACUCUCAGACAUGUUCUGCUGUUUCCAUUAUUAACACAAAUAAUGAACUAGUAUGUUCCUUUUUAGACAAGUACAUUUUUGUGUUGAGAAGGAAUGUGUGAGUUAGUAUAUAAGUGGAUAUUCUCCAUUUCAUUACUUGCACAUUGGAGUUAUUAGACCAAAGAUUAAAUCAGUUUUUUAAGAAAAUUUCCUGGGAAUUCUCUGGCAGUCCAGUGGUUAGGACUCCACACUUUCACUGCUUCAGGCAUGGGUUCAAUCCCUGAUCAGGGAACUAAUAUCCUCCAAGUCACGUGGCAUGGCCAAAAAUAAUAAAAUAAAUUUACUGUUUUAUUUUCUGUUACCAGAUUCAAAAUAUGAGAAUAGGAUUGAGGAGACCCAAAAGAAUAUGUACCUCAAGACCUAAGCUGAAAUGUCCAGGGUCAUUGUUAGGAAGCAGAUGAGUAAAGGGACUUUACUCAUCUCUUACGAAAACCAGAGAACCUACAUACUGUUUUGUUUCAAUUUUUAAAAUUGAGGUAUAGUUGAUGUAUAAUAUCAUCUAUAUAUACUGUUGAUGAUACUAAGUAAUUUCCUGUGUAGGAAAAAAGAAUUAUCUCCUUUACAAUUUAUAUUGGAAAUAUCUCAGUGAAAGCAUUAAGAUUUGCUCUACAUGUCUUCAGGAAGUGGCCUAAAUAUGAUGAGUGUUCUAAUAAUGAACAGUUAUCUGUGGGUGCUUAUAUAAAGUUGAUGAUCACCUUAACAUAAAGAAAUAAGGAAGAUGAAGAAAAGACUGUCCAAACAAGACUGAUGUUACCUGGUAAGUGCAGCACAUAAUGGAGAAGCGUACUUACCUGGAAAUGGAAACCGUUAACAGCUGAUGACUGUCCUUCAGAGUUCUUCAUGGCCUCUGUUCUGGCAUAAAUCAGCUGUGAACAUGUUUCAGGCAUCACAGGACAACCUUUUCAGGGUCUUAUGCAUUCUUAGUAAAUGAGUUUCUAGACAAUUUAUCAUGAUGUUAAGAUUGGAUUUUGAUACUCUUGUACAAAUGAGAGAAUCACUAAAGUUCAAUUCAAAGAGUCCAUUGAGUUUAACCCACAUUUAAUUCAAUCAGAUUCUCUUGUUUAAAAAGUAAAUGACUGGUAUUUUUUUAAAGUAUUCUGACAAUAUAUAACAUAAUGUCCCCCUUUCCAGGGAUUCUUAAUAAAACUCUGUAUGUAUUACAAGAAUACAUGGAUUGUUGUGUCUCCCAUGGUGUCACCGUUACCCAAUAUGGAGGCAACCAUGAGAAAUGAAAGUCCUUAGAAGGAGAAGGGAAGAUAGGCCUCAUGGUGAACUUCUUUGUUCCUCAUGAAGUGUAAACAUUUCAUUAUCAGAAAAUCCAGUCAUAUCUAGUGCUUGGAGUAACUCCUGAGACAAAUGUGGGAUUACAUGCUCUGCUUAGUUAGAAUAUUGAUAAAUAUUAGAUUAGUAAGGGGAGAGGAGAAUACAAAUUUUAAUUUUAGAAUUUUCUGAUAGUGAUUAUACUCUGUAGCUCUAGUAAAUAUGAAUAAGUAUUGAGUUUUGUACAUUUUCAUUUAUUAAAAAUGUAGGAGUCUUUUUAUUUGGGUCUCAUUCUUUUUGUAAUUAAAGAGAGGAACAAGCCAUCUAUUAAAGCAGCAAAUGCCUCAAAAGAUACAUGUAUUGUGAAUUACUGCUUAAUCAUGGAAAGAGUUUUUUGGAUACUAU